AAGCCUCUGCAUAUCCUCCUCUCCCAGUACGUGACGUCAGCACACUACGACGGAGCGGACGGAGCCGUCUCGGUUUUUUUCGUUCGUCGCGCGGAGGAGGCAGGACGGCGGGGUCGGAUUCCGCGACCUUGGAGCGGCAGUUUGGCAGCUGUCACGUGCGCGCGGAGAAGAACAAGCCGUUGCUUCGUAUUUCACGAAAAUAAGAAGCGUUAUAAUUAAGCUGCAGGUUGAAAAAAAAAAGUUAUAUUGGUCGUAAAUAUAUCUAUUUAUGACUGUAAAAUAUUUGUAGGAUGUAGAACUUUUCAAAGACUUGCGUUCCGCGAUCUGAUCAAUCUUAUUUCGAGCCGAUCUGGUUAUUCACAGCGAAGUAAUCAUCAUCAGCGGGGAUCAUGGCCGACCGUUGGUGACCGACUGUGCGAUCUUUGUUUUGCGGAACGAGCCUUUCUCGCAAGUGAACCGUGAAAAUGCCUGGACACUGCUGUGUUCCCGAGUGUCGCGGGAACUAUGACGGCGAGGAGACUGUGCGUGUGUUCACGUUCCCAUCGGAUCCCACCAGAAACGCGCAAUGGAUACGAGCCAUCCCACGUGAGGACUUCACGCCCGGAAAGCGCUCAGUGGUAUGUGAAAAACACUUUCAAGCCUCAGACAUUCUCGAUUCAACGAGGUAUGUGGACUCAAAAACUGGCAGAGUGAUCGAAGCCAAACUGAAGCUUUCACGUCUCCGCCCUGACGCCGUGCCACGCAUAUUUCCUAACUGCCCGGCGUACCUGUCAAGUUCCACUGCCAGCACAUCCCGAGAGACACCUGAGCAGAAGAGGAUUCGCCUCGACGCAACUUCUCUGCGAGAAGCCAUCAGCCUCUCUCUCGAGAUGCAUAAAGAAGAAGAAGAGAGAAACAAGGUCGAAACAUUUCAAGCUCUCCUGGAUUGCCUUCCAUGUCUCAAGGUGUCCCAGUUCUGGACAGUUAUUUCUCGGCAGAACUGCCUACUGUUCCUGAAUCUUAAGGUGGACAACGCCCCCUUAAUUCGGCAGUCAAUUACAAUCUCCGAAGACCUCUCCGUGAAAGUGUUCUUCCAAGAUGUCCAGGUCACGAAGAUUGAUGGCAUAGACGCCAUUCCAAGAACAGUAAACGACAUGCGAGAUUUGUCCCGUCUGCUGGAUGCUGUGGAGUCUUUGGAGGAAAUGCGUGCAUCCGAGACCGAAAACAGAGUCAGUGCCAUACUGAAACUUGCGCUUUCACUCCUUGAAGAUGUUACAAACUCUAAUCUGAAAGAUGACGAGCGGCAUAGCGCUUUGAGCUUCUUGAAAAAACAGGUGGUUCUACUUCUCAGCAAGACACCUCAGUACUCUUCAGAGUUGCUAGUUUUAGAGCGCAGCUCUUAG